AUGUUACUUCAACUCAACAUCUGUUAUUAUCCUUGGCACUUCCCAUUCGGCUCAUUCAACCCAUUUUCUCUCCCUCCCUCUCUAGCUCCCGGUCUCUCUGGUUCAUUUGCUCAUCAGGAGACAACUUCCAUGGCGUUCUCUAGCUGGUUCUUUCGUCUACGCUAUUGUUCGAAAAUCAGCUUCAACAAUCUCCACGCUUCAUUCUUCCGCAACUUCAAAGCACCAGCUGGAGUGCUCGAAUCAGAGAACGCAAGACGAUCAUUUGGAUGGUCCAGCUACUUGCUUCCCAUAGCAAUCGCUGUCUCUUCCGGAUCGUUCGCCUUUCACUUCCAAAAUCAGACUUCUCUAUGUGAUUCAUCAAAUACAGAUUCUCGGGGUCUACCUAUUGGGGGCAAGGGUAGCACUGAGUUUGUGGUUAAAGGCUAUCACAAGGAAGUUCCAAAAGAGCUUAUUCAUGAGUUAAAGGCUAUCUGUCAAGAAAACAUGACAAUGGAUUACGAUGAAAGGUACUUCCAUGGAAAACCACAAAACAGCUUUCACAAAGCAGUGAACAUUCCCGAUGUGGUUGUUUUCCCCAGAUCUGAAGAGGAAGUUUCCGAGAUUGUUAAGUGUUGCAAUAAACAUAAGGUUCCUAUUGUACCAUAUGGUGGAGCUACAUCAAUUGAGGGCCACACCUUAUCUCCUAAUGGAGGUGUUUGCCUUGACAUGUCAUUGAUGAAAAGUGUCAAAGCAUUACAUAUUGAGGAUAUGGAUGUGGUUGUUGAGCCUGGUGUUGGAUGGAUGGAGCUUAAUGAAUACUUGGAGCCAUACGGUCUAUUCUUUCCCCUUGAUCCAGGACCUGGUGCAACCAUGGGCGGCAUGUGUGCUACACGUUGCUCUGGGUCUUUAGCUGUAAGGUAUGGAACCAUGCGCGAUAAUGUCAUCAGUCUCAAGGUAGUUCUUCCCAAUGGAGAUAUUGUGAAGACAGCUUCACGUGCUAGAAAGAGUGCUGCAGGGUAUGAUUUGACCCGUCUUAUUAUCGGGAGUGAAGGAACUUUGGGUGUGGUAACUGAAGUCACCUUACGCCUCCAGAAAAUUCCUCAGCAUUCAGUGGUUGCAAUGUGUAACUUCCCUUCAAUUAACAUGCAGCAGAUGUUGCAAUUGCUACUAUGUUGUCUGGUAUACAGGUAG